GAUUGACACUGCGCCCUUCUUCCUCCAUGUAACCAUAUCCUGUACUCCCAUUGACAUCUAGGGCGCAUAGAAUAAGAACCAUACGCCACUUCACCGUCCUCUGCGCAGAAGUCGCUGUAGAACAUAGAAUCACUGUCAUCCUCGAAAAAAGAUCUGUCCAACUCUUGUCCCUUACGUCUGAAUUGAUAUGUCGAAAUUGACGGAUUUCCGACUCCUCUCCUUCGACGUCUACGGCACGCUCAUAGACUGGGAGACCGGCCUCGUCAACGCCCUCCAGCCCGUCCUCGACAGAAAUGGGAUAUCCAAUCUCGAUAAGGAAACCAUCCUGCGUACAUGCCAAGAGGUGGAGAGCGUGCAACAGCAGAAGACACCAGGAAUGAUAUACUCGGAUGUCUUAACAACAAUCCAUCCCGAGCUGGUCAAACGGCUUGGCUGUGGACCCCCUACUCCAGAAGAGUCCAAAGCCUUUGGCGACAGCGUUGGUGUUUGGCCCGCAUUCCCUGAUACCUUGCCCGGACUACAGCGUCUAGCAAAGCACUAUAAACUCGUCCUCUUGUCUAACGUGGACAACAUAUCCUUCCACGGCACUCACACUGGCCCUCUGCGAAACUUCCCCUUCGACGCCGUGCUCACAGCCCAGGACAUUGGCUGCUACAAACCCGACCAUCGGACCUUCGAGUACAUGCUCAAGUACGUGAAAGAGAAGUUUGGCGUCGAGAAGGAGCAGGUGCUACAGACGGCGCAGAGCCAGUUUCAUGACCAGCAGCCUUGCAGGGAGUUGGGGAUCAAGGGUGCGUGGAUUGCGCGGUAUGGGGCUGCGUAUGGGCAUGUGGAUGAGCCCGUGUACGAUUGGAAGUUUGCUACCCUGGAGAAGAUGGCAGAGGCGGUGGAGAGGGAGGCUGUAGCGAAGUAGUGGUCUGCUGCAACUGAAGAUGGCUACUUACGCUACUGGGGCACGGCGUUUUAAGGCGAGUUGUACUUAGACAAAGGUUCUGUUAAGAAACAAAAAGAGCUAUUUAGAAAAGUAAAAACUAACCUUGCGCGUACGGUCGUGCUUAGUCGGAGGUGAAAAACGCAGUAGUAUCCUCGGCGCUUGUAUUUCCCAUUCGCCAUUACAUUCUCUAACCAAGGAAGAGUGUCCAUCUAGAAGCUAAAAGAAUUGCCCACGCUAAGAAUCAAA